AUGUUUUUUACAGAACCCAAAUUUAACAACAUUCCAGAAAUUCGUAAACUGAUUGCCCUUGUCCAAGGUUACGAAUUGAAGUAUCGUCCAGAAUCUCCGUUGACUUAAAAAGCAAUGGAAAGUUUGGGACAAGAUCGUUAUCACUUCAGAAGAAAGAAUAAAUUCGAGAUGCGAUUCAACUUUGACAGUCAAAAGCAAUCCUACAGCGAAAGUGAUCUCCAGAAGACGUAUCAGAAUUAUCUAGUUGAGCUUGUUAGUGAUUUUUAGAAUUUAUAUGCAGAACGGAAGCGCAUCAAGGUGGAACUUCAGAGACGUCAAAGAGAGGAGGAUGAACUUAGAGGAUAUAAGUGGCCAGAACCAGUCCUAAAGAAAAAGUAAUUUCGAAAUUAGGCGUUAACAUAUGAUCAAAAAUUGCAACAAAUAGAGGAAGAACGAAAUAAAGAGCAGAAAAUACAGGAUUGUUUUGCCAAAGAAGCCAUCAGGUUGGAGUUGGAAAGAAGAUUAUCAAUACAAGAGAGUCAUUUGAAAGAAGAGAAGAGUUUGGCUAGCAGGAAGAAGAUAUUUCAAGAAUUGAGAAAGAAGGCAGCCGUUGAGAAUAAUAAAGUGUCUUAAAAGUUGAAGAACUAUAGGAAUAAUAUGAGUGAUCAACUGGAGGAAGGAUUGAGAAAAUCUAAAUCAUUUCAAGAGAAAUUAGAAGCUAGGGAUAUUUUGAUAUAAAAAUAAAGAGCUAAAUAGGUAUCUGAAAUUGCGAAUAGAAAUCGUAAAUUAGAAGAGAAGAUAAGUCAUGUUAAGGAUGAUUUUGAAAAUCGCAUGGUUGAAGAACUCUUUAAAAGACAAUCAGAGAUGGAUCAAUCUUUUGAUUUCAGAUAGAUGACAGCAGAAUAAAUGGAAAAAAAUAAAAUUGAGAAAUAAUAGAUUUUUGAAUAGAAACUUAAUUAGAUAAAUUAAAAGAUAAAAUAACACCAGGAAGAGAAAGAAUUUGAAUUAUUCAAUAGAGUUGGAUAAAGAAUGGAGAAAGCAGAAAAAUAAUAAGAGGAACAUGAUAAAUAACUCUCAAGAUUUUAGUUUCAUAAAAGAAAAUAAUUGGAAUAACGAUUUUCAAGACAUAGGAAAAGAUAUCAAGAAUCUGAAGAACGUUAAUAGGAGAAGGUGGCUGAAUGGAUGUAGAAAGUUAGCAGCAUUUAAGAAAGAAUUGAGAAAUUCAGGUCAAAAAAGAAUGAAGAUUAGAAGAUUUGGAAGGAGUAGAGAUCUCAAAGUUUUAAGGAUCAUUUAGAGAAUAUGCAAUUUAAUCGAAAAAGCUAAGAAAAAGAUUCGAUGAAAUAUUUUGAGAAACAUCAAUAUGUUUAAAGUAAACUAAAGAAGAGCAAGGAAGAAUAAGAAUAAUUGAGAGCCUAUUUAAACAUCUCAAGAUCAAAGUUUGAGAAGAAUACUCUCUAAUAAUUUGGAGAAUUAUCCAAUUUGAUGUAUUCUUCAUCAGGUUAUUUAUUGAAGUAUUAUAAUAACAUAUUUAGUAAAUUAAAAGAAUUAGAGGAUGAUGAUAAAUUUGCCGAAAUGUCUAUGAAAUUUAGUAAUGUCAUGAGAAUAACAGAUAAAAAGAACAUGGAAUGA